AUGGUAGUACAAAGGGUUUUCUUCGCUCCUAAAGAAGAAGACAAUGAUUGCUGGCAACGCGAAAACAUAUUUCAUUCAACUUGCACCAUUGAAGGUAAAAUUUGCCACUUUGUUAUUGAUGGUGGAAGUUGUGAGAAUGUUAUUUCAGUAGAUGUUGUGAACAAGCUACGUCUAAGUACUAAAGAACACUCUAACCCGCACAAGCUUUCAUGGCUUAAAAGGGGAACUGAGGUAAGUGUUUCUAAGCAAUGCUUAGUUCAGUUUUCGAUUGGUUCUACUUAUCACGAUAAAUCUUGGUGUGAUUUAGUACCUAUGGAUGCGUGUCAUAUCUUGUUGGGAAGACCUUGGCAAUUUGAUCUAGAUGUUUCUCAUAAUGGGAGAAAGAACACUUAUUCUUUUGUGUUUGAUGAUAAACGUAUUGUAUUAUUACCCAAAAAGGAUAUGUCUUUCAACCGCAUGCCAGCCUUGUUAACAAUGCAACAGUUCGAAGAAGAAAUGAAGGAGUUAGAUGUCGUGUAUAUUUUAAUGGGAAUGAACAGUGGUAGUGAUUUUGAUGCUCCAGAUGCGGUUCAGCCACUGUUAGAUGAAUUUAGAGAUGUCUUCCCAACUGACCUUCCUGAAGGACUCCCACUGUUAAGUGACAUUCAACAUCAGAUUGAUUUGGUUCCUGGUUCUUCCUUGCCAAAUCGUCCUAAUUACCAUAUGAGGCCGAAAGAACACGAAGAGUUGCAACGACAAGUUAUGGAGUUAUUAGCAAAAGGAUUUAUUCGGGAGAGCUUAAGUCCUUGUGAUGUUCCGGCAUUACUUACACCGAAGAAAGAUGGAAGUUGGCGGGUGUGUGUAGAUAACCGGGCUAUCAAUAAGAUUACAAUUAAGUAUCGCUUCCCAAUUCCUCGUCUUGAUGAUUUGUUAGAUCAAUUACACGGGGAUACGGUUUUUAGCAAGCUGGAUUUGAGGAGUGGUUACCAUCAGAUUCGAAUUAAUCUUGGGGAUGAAUUGAAAACGGCCUUUAAGAUACGCGAAAGGUUAUAUGAAUGA